AUGUCAUGCAGUCUGUGUGACUACGGAGGAGGCUGUCUGGUCCCUGUGAUGGUGUCUGCAGGUCCAAGUUCUGAGGAUGUUGGCCCUGUGCCUAGGCAGGAGUCUGGCGGUCGGAGGCUGUCCUGGCCGGUCCUGCUGCUGACCCUGGCAGCGGUUACCUCAUCGUCUCUCUCAGCCCUAUCUCUGUUCCACCUGCUGGCCCUCAGGGCUGAGGUGGAGGGGCUCCGGUCAGAAGUCUUUCGCAGGAGAGAGGAGCAACAAGAGGCCAGGCACGAAGAGGUAAAAUGUUUACAUGUUCACUACUGAUCUGUAGUCUGUAAAUAAUGUAUGAUACAGUGAGGGAAAAAAGUAUUUGAUCCCCUGCUGAUUUUGUACGUUUGCCCAAUGACAAAGAAAUGAUCAGUCUAUAAUUUUAAAUGUAGGUUUAUUUGAACAAUGAGAGACAGAAUAACAACAACAAAAAUCCAGAAAAACGCAUAUAAAAAAUGUUAUAAAUUGAUUUGCAUUUUAAUGAGGGAAAUAAGUAUUUGACCCCUCUGCAAAACAUGAUUUAGUACUUGGUGGCAAAACCCUUGUUGGCAAUCACAGAGGUCAGACGUUUCUUGUAGUUGAACACCAGGUUUGCACACAUCUCAGGAGGGAUUUUCUCCCACUCCUCUUUGCAGAUCUUCUCCAAGUCAUUAAGGUUUCGAGGCUGACGUUUGGCAACUCGAACCUUCAGCUCCCUCCACAGAUUUUCUAUGGGAUUAAGGUCUGGAGACUGGCAAUUGUUUUCUUGGUGACUAUGGUCCCAGCUGCCUUGAGAUCAUUGACAAGAUCCUCCCGUGUAGUUCUGGGCUGAUUCCUCACCGUUCUACUGAUCAUUGCAACUCCACGAGGUGAGAUCUUGCAUGGAGCCCCAGGCCGAGGGAGAUUGACAGUUAUUUUGUGUUUCUUCCAUUUGCGAAUAAUCGCACCAACUGUUGUUGUUACGCCCCUGAAAAAGGGGUGAAAUAAUCACGAGAGUGACGCAGUUAUGUUUCCUCACUGAAAACUUUAGUAUAAUCCUUUUACAAAAAUACCACAUUUUACAGAACAACAGAUCUACAGGAACCAGAGUUUUGUAGGGUACAAAGCUUAUUCAAGUCACAACAGCAUAAACUGUAAUUCACUAAAACAUAUACAAAUGUUUCAAUAUAACUGUCAAACACAAAGUAGCUUUAGCUCAGUAACCCAUAACUACAUUUAUCAACCAUGUCAACAAAGUAUUCGAAACACAUUAUACAAAUAACCCCAAAAUAUAUUAUUAACAGCGCACAUGUUCAUUCACAAUUAACAUAAAAUGGCAGCUACUCUCAGUACGAAGCUAUUCUUCGCUGCAACCAAGCAGGUUUCACUCACACACGCACCUAUUACUCCCUUCAACUUAACUUAACUUACUCAAGAUGUUACUAACACAUACCUUAAACUCUCUUGACAUGUUAGCAAGUUAUUACAUUCAAAUUAUCUCGUUUUAUCAAUAACGUACCUGAAAAAGGGGAGAAAUAAUCACGAGAGUGACGCAGUUAUGUUUCCUCACUGAAAACUUUAGUAUAAUGAGAAAAAAGACUGCGAUUUCCCCAGAAAGUUGGGUGGAGACCAGAGCAAUCGAUCUCAGGCUCAUAGAUUAAGAGCAUUUAGUAGAUCACAGAUUAACACUUUUACCCUUAAAUUAGGCACCACAAAAUAAAGUAGUCAAUAUAACGUUUACAGAUUCCUCUUACAAUAUUUACCCUUUUACACUUGACGGAUUUUAACACAAUUAUGAAUUUUAUCAAUCUCUAUGAACUAGUACUGAAUGCAUGAUCUUUUUAACCUUAGAUAUUUUAAGAUCCUUACAUACCAUGAACUUACUAAUACUUUUUAGUGUAUAACAGGCUAUGAAUAUGUCCUUUAACCUGUCACAUUGUCACCUUCUCACCAUGCUGCUUGGUGAUAGUCUUGUAGCCCAUUCCAGCCUUGUGUAGGUCUACAAUCUUGUCCCUGACAUCCUUGGAGAGCUCUUUGGUCUUGGCUACGGUAGAGAGUUUGGAAUCUGAUUGAUUGAUUGCUUCUGUGGACAGGUGUCUUUUAUACAGGUAACAAGCUGAGAUUAGGAGCACUCCCUUUAAGAGUGUGCUCCUAAUCUCAGCUCGUUACCUGUAUAAAAGACACCUGGGAGCCAGAAAUCUUUCUGAUUGAGAGGGGGUCAAAUACUUAUUUCCCUCAUUAAAAUGCAAAUCAAUUUAUAACAUUUUUGACAUGUGUUUUUCUAGAUUUUGUUGUUGUUAUUCUGUCUCUCACUGUUCAAAUAAACCUACCAUUAAAAUUAUAGACUGAUAAUUUCUUUGUCAGUGGGCAAACGUACAAAAUCAGCAGGGGAUCAAAUACUUUUUUCCCUCUCUGUAUGAGAUGGAGUUGUUUCUGAUGCAUUACCCAGACACUGCAGCAGAUGAGCAGCAGCUCCAGAACCAGGAGGAGCAGCUCAGACCCUCCACACCCCCCUGAACCCCAGCCCCCUCCACACACCCCUGACCCCCAGCCCCUUCCACACCCCACUGACCCCCAGACUAGGCUGUCCUUCAUCAGGAAGAGGAGUGUGGGCACAGGACCUAAGAACACAGGCAAGACUUCCAAUACUAUUCUCUGUGACUAUUUGUAUCUGUUUGACAUGUUGAAGGGUGAAUUAGCACGUUGUCAAUGCUGUGCUGUUUUUAGAUUAUAUGGUGCACAAUUGGGCUGUUGCUUUAAAAUGUUGAACACUGAACUUCAAACAAGUACACUUUAGUUAUUUCUGGCAAGCUGCAACAUUUUUGUUCUCACUCUCUCUAGAAAUAACUCAUCUUGUACACAGUGAGGUUUAUUUUUUAUGUAUUAAUAUUUUGUAAUAUUUUUUUGCACCAAAAAAAAUAAGUGAAAGACAAAACAGUACAGAUAAAAAAACUGGUAAAAACUGUGUUUCCAUGUGAGGUUGGAAGCCCAAAAGGGCUGAUAUGAAAACCACAACACAAAGAUAAGUUUAAAAAACGUUUGUUCAAUCAGUUGUAAUUAUAAUUGUACAUGAUAUACUCAGUAUACAAGAAAACCAUGUUUGAUUAUGUGUGUGUGUGUGUGUGUGUGUGUGUGUGUGUGUGUGUGUGUGUGUGUCUGUGUGUGUGUGUGUGUGAGAGAGUGUGAGAGUUGGGCUACAUGGAGGGGACUAUUGGGUAGUUUGAAUCAAUGCUAAACUCUCCCUCUGUCCUACCCUCUAGUGUCUCAACCCUGUCUACAGAUGCUGGCAGAUAGCAACAGGAAAACAUUCCAGAAAGGUACUGUAAACCAGGAAUUACAAUUUUACCAGAAAUACUUAAAUUGACUUAAGGACAUACAGACUGGGACUUGGGCUAUGCUAGGUAGUUCGUGUUUGGAUCGACUCACGCAUGGUUUGUUUGUCGAGGUCGAUGGAGUUUUGAUUGGUUCAUGCAUGGUUUGUGUUUCUGGUGUUGUGCAGAGUUUGCGUUGGAGCCUCACACAGGGAUCCCCUGGCAGGAGGGGCUUAGGAGAGGCUCCGCCCUGGAGGCAGAGAGUGACAGCAUUCUUGUCAGAGAGGAGGGAUACUACUUUGUCUACAGCCAGGUGAGCACUGGUCGUCUACAGGAGAGAACUUGGUGUAUCAUAUUAGUGCUAGAUCACAUGGGAUAAAGGUACAGUAGCUCUGAGCUAUUACAUAGACACAACAGCUCACAAUACCUAACUCUCCCCUUCUCUCUCUCCAGGUGUACUACAAUAGCUCACAAGUCCAACAACAUUCAUCUUCUUCUCCUGCACAUGUUCUGUAUAGGUCAUGGCUCUAACUACUCUCUGUCUCGCUCGCUCUCUGUCUGUCUGUGUCUGUCUGUCUGUCUGUCUGUCUGUCUGUCUGUCUGUCUGUCUGUCUGUCUGUCUGUCUGUGUCUGUCUGUCUCCUCAUACAGGUGUACUACAUGGACAGGACCUUUGCCAUGGGUCAUGUGGUGAACAGGAAGAAGAGGAACGUU